GCCGCCAUUUUGACUGAGCAACCCUAGUGACAGGAGCUGAAGAAGCAGCGCAGGUUAUCCCGUUUCCCCUCCCCCUUCCCUUCUCCGGGUGACUUCCUGGGUCCCCUACACUCCACAGUCCCGGUCCCGCCAUGUCCCAGAAACAAGAGGACGAGAACCCUGCGGAGGAGACUGGCGAGGAGAAGCAGGACACACAGGAGAAAGAAGGUAUGCUCCCUGAGAGAGCCGAGGAGGCAAAGCUAAAGGCCAAAUAUCCAAGCCUAGGACAAAAGCCUGGAGGCUCCGACUUCCUCAUGAAGAGACUCCAGAAAGGGCAAAAGUACUUUGACUCAGGAGACUACAACAUGGCCAAAGCCAAGAUGAAGAAUAAGCAGCUGCCAAGUGCAGGACCAGACAAGAACCUGGUGACUGGUGACCACAUCCCCACCCCACAGGAUCUGCCCCAGAGAAAGUCCUCACUCGUCACCAGCAAGCUUGCGGGUGGCCAAGUUGAAUGAUGCUGCCCGGGGCUCCGCCAGAUCCUGAGACGCUGCCCCCCUGGGUCCUGUGCUGGCUCCUGCCCCUCCCUGCUUUUGCAGCCAGGGGUCAGGAGGUGGCUCGGGCGCGGGCUGGAGAGGCAGAAGCCCCUGCCCGUCGGUGUCCCAGCGCAUGGAGCCCCUUGGGCUGAGCACCAAGACCUUGAACCUUUUUUGUUUUUCCUUUUUCUCCAAAUAAUUGUUGGGAGACAUCUCAGUGAAAUCCUGGGGGUGGG